CGUCGCUGCUCUCAUUUCGCACUCGACACAGCCAGAGCUGGAGGUGGGAACCCAGCGCUGAGAGGCGACGGCCUGAUGGCUUCCUCCGGCAGCUGCACUCGCCUCCCCAGCCCCUGGCCCUGCAAGCCUGAGGCCCCCAGGGACGCAGUCGAACGGAAACGCUGCAGCUGGGGCAGUCCCACAGCUGGCAGGAAGAGGGGGCUCAGUGACCCCCGUCCUGGGACUUGGACAAAUGGAAGGAAAGAGUUGCCUCGGGUUGGGUGCCUCCCUCCUGGGCCUCAGGAAGAGCCAGCCUUGCCUUCCUUCCCUUCCAUCCCCCCACCUCCCGGGGGAGUGGGGGCAGAGUCUUAACACACUCAACCAAUAUUUCUUGAGCCCCUACUCUGGGCUAGGAGUCGUUUAGGUGCUUAAGCCAAAAAGAUCCUUGUUUUCCUGGUAGGAAGAUAGAACGAUAAGCAUGGCACACAGCAGAGCGAUCCCCGUGUUGGGGAGGGGUGGGUGAACAGCGCUGGGCCACAGGGGUGAAUGUCAGGGUAGGCAUCCACGGAGGUGAGGCCUGACUGAAGGCACCCUGAGCCAGGGCAAGCAGGGAGCCGGGGGGCUCUCAGGGGUAUGGUGUGUUCCAGACUGAAGGUGCCGCCAGGGCACCGGCCCCAGGCAGGAGCAGGCUCCUGUGGUGCAGUGGGAGGCAGUGGGGCACGGGUGGCCGGCUGUCGCAGAGCCAGGACAGGCCUUCAUGACUGAGGAAGCACUUGGGCUUUUCAAACUUGCCCAAGAGACAGCCAACCCAAGCAGUGAGCCUCUGCCCGUCUCCCCACAGGACCUGCCCUGCGCCCUAGGGCUCUGGACGCUGCUGGCCCUGCCCGGGGCCCUGGGCUCGGGCGGCAGCGCCAGGGACUCCAACUCCUCAGUCAUCGUUGUCCUGCUGCUGCUGCUUCUGCUGCUGGCCGCUGGCCUGGCACUGGCCUGGCGCCGCCUUAGCCGGGACUCAGGGGGCUACUACCACCCGGCUCGCCUGGGCGCCGCGCUCUGGGGCCGCACUCGCCGCCUGCUCUGGGCCAGCCCGCCAGGCCGCUGGCUCCGGGCCGAGCUGGGCUCACCAGAUGAGGACCCAGAGCAGCAGGAGGACGAGCCGGACGUGGAAGACGACUACGAUCUGGUCAGUGGCCAAAAGGAGCCCAGAUCCCAGGAAGAGGAGCAGCGGGGAGAGGGGCCCAGCCCGCCACAGGCCCCCGAGCCGGCCGGGGCAGCGCGCGACGAUGACGCGGAGGGUGGCCUGGGCCUCGGCUGCCAGGGGCCAGCGGGCUCGGGGGGCAGUGCCGAGGCCCUGCUGAGUGACCUGCACGCCUUCGCUGGGAGCGCAGCCUGGGAUGACAGCUCCCGGGCAGCCGGCGGCCAGGGCCUCCACGUCACCGCGCUGUAG